AUGGAUACAAGUUAUAACUUCCAACAGGUGGCAUGGCAUGUGCAUAAGAUUGGUGGUAGCAUUCUGGGCACAUCGGAGAAUUACUCAAAGGUGCUACAGGUAAUUGAUCAUUCAAAGUAUGAUCACCUGGAAUUCAACAAGUCGGGUUUGGACCCAAAGACAACCGCCUGUGUACAGGGUGUGGUCGUGUCGGCCAUGGAGGGCGUCACCAAUACCCUGCUGCGAAUGACCCAGCUGGCCAAAUCCAUGGACAACAACUAUGAGACCGUGUGCGAUCAGUUGCUCGCCAAACUGAUCGGCUGUGCCGAGGGCCUGAUCCAAGACGCCUCCAGCCAAGAGGGCCUGAAACUGUUUGAGUCUGACCUUCGCAAAGACAUCCUCAAGAUAAAGGACAUCUUGCGUGCGAUUGCCAUCACCAAAUCAAUGUCCGAGGAGAUGGAGGACUUGAUCGUGGGUCACGGCGAGGUGUGGUCCGCUCGCCUCCUCACCUUGUUCCUGCAGUCACGUGGCGUCAAUGCCAAUUGGCUCGACACUCGCCAGACAUUGUUUGUGUCAAAGGGCGAGUGUGGACCUGUUGUGGAUUGGGAGCGCUCAGAGGCCGAGUUGGCCAACUGGAUGUCCAAGAACUACACCCCAGAGCUUUCUAUCCUCAUCAUUACUGGAUUCGUGGCCAGUUCGGCCACUGGAAUGCCAACAACACUGGGCAGGAAUGGCUCUGACUACUCGGCAUCGAUCUUUGGCGCCAUGCUCAAGUCCAGCCUCAUCACCAUUUGGAAGGAUGUCGAUGGUCUGUUCUCAGCCGAUCCCAAGAUUGUACCCAAGGCGUCCAUCCUCAAGGAGAUCUCUUACAAUGAGGUCAGUGAGCUGUCUCACUAUGGAGCCAACAUCCUCCAUCCACACACCAUGCCCCCAGCCAUCAAGAACAACAUCCCCAUCAAGAUACGUAACUUCUUCAACCUCUCCAAGUGUGGAACAUUGAUCCAUGCAAGAUCAAAUAUUGGACCAGAAGAGGACACCAACCCGUACAAUCAUAAUGUGAAGGGAUUCUCUGCCAUCAGGAGAGUGUCGUUGAUCAAUGUUGAAGGUGCUGGACUCGGUGUGUCCAACUUGGCUCAACGUGUGUUUGUUUCCUUGCGUGACGUGCAUGUAACAGUGUUGUUGAUCUCUCAGGGCUCUUCACAAAGUUCAAUCUGUGUGGCCAUCGCUGAGAAGGACGGAGACAUCUCUUUGAACGCCAUUCGCAAGGAGUUCCACAAUGAACUCAAGUACACUGGACAUGUACAAACGAUCGAGUUGGUCAAAGAUUGUAGCAUUAUUGCCGCCGUUGGUGAUCAGAUGGUUAGCUCAGUUGGUGUGGCGUCCAAGCUAUUCAACGCACUGUCCAGACGAGGUAUCAACAUCAAGGCCAUUGCACAAGGUUCAUCCGAGAGGAAUAUCUCUGCUGUACUCAUGGAUAAGGAUACAUCGAUGGCACUGAGAGCUGUUCACUCAACCUUCUACAGACCAUUCGACCCUGAUUCAAUCUCCAUUGGUAUCAUUGGAGCAGGAUUGAUUGGUAGCGAGUUGUUGGAGCAGUUGAAGAAGCAGCCUGUGGUCAAUGUUAGACGUCCAAAGCAUAACUUUAUCGUUCGCGCCAUCGCCAACUCAAAGAAGAUGGUGGUCGAUGGUGAAGGUGUCAGCUUGGACAAGUGGAAGUCGCUGCUUGGUGGCGACACUGCACAGGAUUUCGACGUGGACGUCAUUGCAGAGAGCAUCUUGGUCGGCCACCCCAAGCAUUCAGUGAUCAUUGACUGCACUGCCAGCAAGGAGUUGCCAAAGUCUUACCCCAAGUGGCUGGCACAGGGCAUCCACGUCAUCACACCCAACAAGGUUGGCUUUUCCAGCCAGCUGGCGCUGUACAAGGACAUCCAGAGCACUGCCCACAGCCACUUCACGCACUGUCUGUACGAGACCACGGUGGGCGGCGGCCUGCCCAUUCUCCACAUGGUGCAGCAGAUGGUAGCGACGGGCGACCGCAUCACCCGCAUCGAGGGCAUCUUCUCGGGCACGCUGUCAUACAUCUUCAAUCAAUAUGGCCGUGAUAGCAACAUCAAGUUCUCAGACAUUGUCCUGGCUGCCAAGAGCAAGGGCUUCACCGAGCCCGACCCCAGAGACGACCUCAACGGCAUGGACUUUGCUCGCAAGAUCAUCAUCCUGGCGCGUGAGAUAGUCGACUCGUUCGAAGCGAACCAAGUCGACGUGGUCAGUCUGAUACCCGCUGACGACAAGGAGGCGGCCACAGCACCAGUCGACCAGUUCCUCAGCAACCAUCUGCUCAAGUUGGAUGCCGUGUACGAUGCCAUGCGCGUCAAGGCUGCGUCCAACAAUCAAGUACUUCGAUACAGUGGUGUGAUCGAGGUGGAUCACUCACAGGCCACGCCCACAGCCAAGGCCUCAGUGUCCCUGCGCGACUAUCCCCAGUCACAUCCUUUUGCCAACCUCACUGAGUGCGAUAACGUCAUUGCCAUUUACAGUGAGCGAUACAGCAAGACACCUCUGGUGAUCCAAGGUCCUGGCGCUGGUGCCACUGUCACUGCUGCAGGAAUCUAUGGUGACCUGUACCGUUUGUCAUCAUUCCUCCAACAUGUCUAA